AUGGCGCCGGUGGCCGGGGUGACGACGGACGUGAGCUCGGCGCACAUGGCGGAGAUUGAGAUCCCGAUUUUGGGGCUCAACGUGCAAGCGCUGGCGCCCCCCGACAAACAUUUGCUGGAGGGCCGGUAUGCGGAUGCCAUUGCGAAGACCAUCGGUGUGCCGGUCACAGAGAUCAAGGAAGGUAUCUGGGAUGAGCACUAG